GCCACGGACGGCCUACGUGUGGGGUGAGUAGAUGAUGUGGAAUGCUGGGGAAGCUGGAGAGGGAACGUCGUUUGAGCGCUUAUAGUUCGGUUCGGUUCUGUUUUUUCCCGUUUUCUCUCUAAGCUACAGUACCGUCAGUGUUUCGUGAGGCUCCUCGUCGGACCUCAAACUUUCAAUGAGAAUGGACAUCUUCAUUGAGACGCUGACUGGGAAUGUCUAUGAGCUGCGUGUGAGUCCUUUCGAGACGAUUUUGAGCGUCAAAGCAAAGCUUCAGCGCCUGGAAGACAUUCCUAUUCCUGCUCAGCGCCUCCUGUACAGAACAACAGAACUGAACGACGACUGUUAUCUUCACGACUACAGCAUCAGUCAUGGCUCGACGCUACGACUAGUCAUUUCGAUGAGAGGCGGUCCGAUUAACAGCAGCCGCAGGACUCUGCCUCCUCUCAUUGACGACGAUGCUCUGAGAGAAAUGGUUGACUUCGUCGAGGCAAAUCCUGAAGAGUUUGUAGAGAACGUACCGGCUCCGAAGAACAGCAGAGGGAAGCAGGUGACUUUGCUCGUGUUUCGAGAAGGAGAUCAGCUUAACUUCUUUCGUGUUUUCGACCGAGGCGAUGGAACCCUGACGCCAUUGUCUGAAUCACGUGCGUCUUCGCGCAGUAGCGGAGAAUACUCUAACCGUGGACUGGAGGAGGAUGAAGAUGCUGUGGCUGCGUCUCUUACGUCAGAGCGAAUGAGAGAGAACGAAGCGAUGUUGAGCAAAUUGAACUCGUUGAGGCGUCAGAUGAAGCAACUGAUGGAGAAGAAACGCCACAUAAAACCGAAACCACCGCCUGUAAGAUCGAAAUCAAGACAGAAACGAAGAGUGGUAAUCAAUGACCGUCAGUGUCACGACUUGGUGGGAUACUCAGGAGGAUCACAGACAACUCUUAUCUCCCAGGCAAGUGAACUGAGCAGUAUGAGUAGCUCCAUCCUUCCCCCUCUUCCGUCAGCAGGAAAUACUUCACUCUCUCUAUCUCCUAGUGCCAGUGGCAGGAAGCUGAAAUCUCUUCCUCGAAACAUCACACCUGCAGCAACAGCCACAUUCCAAAGUGCUGCAGAGACUCCUAGUCUUCUAUCAUAUAGCAGACUAAGUAGCCGCUCAUUACAAAGUGUGGAUGGGAGAGCAGGCAGCAUUACUAAGGAACCCACGCUCCCUUUGCAUCGAGCAGCUGGAAAGAAAGGAAAGAAGACAAUAAUUCACCAAAUUAGCACCGAUAACAAGCCUACAAGUAGGCAUCGUCAAACGUCCACCAUCACAAGCUGUUUACCUCCUUUACAACUGCCCACUUUCACGAAGUCAGGUCAACCGAAGAAGGCGUUAAAGCCAACAAGAACUCGAUGUUCUGUCUGUCAGAAGAAGACAGGACUAGCCACAUCAUUCGAGUGUCGUUGUGGUGGCUUAUUCUGUGCAACUCAUCGAUAUGCCGAAGAACACAAAUGUACAUUUGAUUAUAAGGCUACUGGACGACGACUACUUCGACAGGGUAAUCCAGUAGUCGAAGCUCCCAAGCUACCUAAGAUCUAAUUAUAGUCUAAUGACAAACUGUCAUUUUGGGGGUAAGUGUAAUAUCCAUGGUACAAUGGGCGAUAUGCCAGUAGUAGUAAACUAUUGUGUAGUCUUGUAUUUGAACUGUGAUGCUGGGAAAGCUUGAUACAUACACAUUGUGCACUAGAUGAAUUUAUUUUUAUGAUGAUAAAGUCA